CAGCGGUUAAGGCGGUUUUGUCGCGGUGUCGCUGUCGCCGCCGUUGUCGUCGUGCGGUCGUCGUUUCUUGCGUUUCUCGUUCGGUAGUGUAUAUCGCGCGUAUAUAAUACAUUUCUUAUCUCCCUUUCACUCGUCGCGCGCGCCGACGCGUCGUCGUGCGCUCCGGAGCGUCGCCCGUCUCGCCCGGCAUUUUUUUUUUCCCCUGUCCGGUUUCUACGGUGCGUUUCCGUACGGAGGAUAUACACGGAGGCGUGCGGAGGAGUCGCCGCCGGUGUCGCAAGCUCUUUCUUUAAACGGUAAGGACUCGCCGUACCCACCAUCGUCGCCGUCGUCAUCGUCGUCCCUGGCGGAACACCUGCGCACCGAUACGAGGCGUAGCAGCAUGGUAUGGUAUCAGUGACUGAGAAUUCCCCCGAAAUAUGAAGAAGCAUCCUUACAUCCUCGCGUGCGUCCUACUCCUGCUGCCUCUGUCAUUGGGCCUCAGUCUGCAAGAGGACGACCUGGUCUUCGAUGACGUCGGUGAGGACAACGACAAUGACAACGUGCCCGUUGGGUCCGUCCUGAUAAAUCAUCAUACGUCUCACGGCCGUUCCGAUCGUUACGAGCACGGAUCGUCGUCUCGUGAUGGCAGGAGGCACGCCUCUCGGGUCGAAAGGGCAUGGGGCGUGCCGGACUCCGUCGUCCCGGUCGGCCACAUCUUCAGGAUGAAAAUACCGCGGCAAGCUUUUUCGGGAAGCGUGGAUUUUUAUGAGGUUCACGAGACCGUAGAUCGUGAUCGUUUGCCACAAUGGAUGCACUGGGACGACGCUGUCUCCACUCUCUUGGGCGUGCCGUUAAAGAAGGACAUGGGCAAUUAUCACCUGAGCGUCACGGCUGUCGGCAAGCACCAUGACACCGCCAAGGAUCAAUUCGUCGUGCAAGUUAUAUCCGAGAAGUUAGAGGAACUCAAGCAUAAGGACGGUAAGACACACUGCGAUGACGGAGAGGACCAGACGAUUCUCACAAUUCUGCUGGAUGCGCGGAUGGACCAACUGUCGCCUACCGUUAGGGUGAAUGCUAUCGAAAACCUCGCCGGAUUUCUGGGAAUGCACACGAGCGCAUUCUCGAUGCAUUCCCAAAGUAUCAAGGAUGCCACCGCACUGGAUUCCUCCGUUAUCUUUACCGGACCUGGGAACGUUAGGCAUCACAAAAAUAAAGAGAGUCAUUUGACUACUAUUCAGUGGCAGGUUGGCUGCGACGGUCACUUAUGGAAACAUCAAACAGAGUUGGUGAAACAAUUACGGGAGCAAGCGAAGGACGGUACUCUAGCAGAAGUUCUGCAGCUUCCUGUGAUGUCGUGGCGCGUCAGGACGGAUUUGAAUUCCUUCCUGCGAAAUAGACGAGAAGCUGGAUCCGGCGAUUACGGUGAUUCGGACGAUUACGGCGGUUACGAUGACGACUACGAUGGUGAUUACGACGAGGAGAACGAGGAAGAUGAUAACGAUGAUAACUUCGGAGUACCGCCGACUUUCAUACCAGACUUGAAACAUCCACAUCGACAUCAUCACGGCGAGGAGACGAUCGAUUGGAAGAACGAAGACGCCGAUGAACAAGAGAUAAUACCGAGAAUGAGUCAAAGUGAAUUGGAUAAUAAAACUACGACUACGACAAGAACCACUGAACUUACUACAUCAUCACCAUCAACAACUACAACUACCUCCACCACCACGACGACAACUACAACCACCACCCAAGCCACGCCAACGAUUGUAACUUCUACUAGUAGCACCACAACGACCGUCACAUCAGUGACCGAUAUAACAGCAACAGCUAGUAUCUCCACCGCUGUAGCCCCAUCGAUAGAAUCUCCGCGAUCGGAGACUACGGACGAGGAAUCGUCGACGGAGAAAACGAAACCCGUGGAACCUGCCGAACCCGUUACCGUUUUACCAACCAUUCCUUCGGAUAUUACUACGAUUCCUCCUCCAGUAACCACUCUGCCGCCUUUUAGCACAUCGGCCAUCCAGACUAGUGUCUUCGACAAAAUCGAGACGGAGAUCGUCGGUAUUACUAAUGUUACGACGGAAGAGUCGGAACAAACUACGAUUUCCAUGAAAGAACCGACUACUGUACCAACAUUCAUCGUCACGGACGUUAACAUCACCACCACUCUUUCACCUGCAAUCGCAACGAAUGUUAGCACUUCUACUAUUACACCUGUAGUCGCAACGAAUGAGACAACUACGACUACGAUGCCAUCAACGUUGGAUCUUCGCACAACGACGUCAAGCACAACACCGUCCACUACUAGCACUACCACAACUACGACCACGACUACUACCGCGGCACCUACAACCACAACAACGACGACAGCUCGGAUUACCACAGAGAGUAUCGAGUAUGGCCAAGUCAACUUCCCACCGAGACGCGAUAGGAGAUUAAAGAAGAUACCAGUGACUGCCGGUAAACCGUUGAGUUAUGUCAUUCCGGCCGACACCUUCACUGAUUUGGAAGACGGCAACACGAGGAACCUGAAAUUGAGUUUAUACUGGCAAGGUAUACCACUCAAGACAACAAACUGGCUUCAGUUUAACCAUCAUACCCAGGAAGUCUAUGGAUUGCCUCUCGAAAACGACAUAUCUACCUGGAAUUAUGAACUGGUUGCCAUGGAUAGAGAAGGUGCCAAUGUUACUGAUAGUCUCGAUAUACAUGUUCAACAACAUAAGCUGAGUCGUAGCGUCAAUCACGAAUUUAGCAUUUACUUGAAAAUCGAUAAACGAAUCGAAUUUCCAACAGACGUUGAUUGGGAACUCCAGGUAAUCCGAAGCUUGGCUGAACUUUACGGAGACAGUGACACCCAGCAUAUCACAGUUCGUUCCAUCGAUAUUAAUACUGAUCGUGAGCAAGCCAUUUUCAUAUGGACUAAUGAUAGUCUUCCAAGAAGUAGCGAGUGUCCGAGAGAACAUAUAAACAGAUUAUUGCGCGUACUUAUCGACAGUGACGGAGAUCCAUCAGCUUCUCUAAAAGCAGUUCUCGCUCCAGAAAUCAGGGUAAAGCGUGUCGUAUUUCAAGGUAUUGGACAAUGCGAAGAUAUGAAUCGUCCCGAGAUACCAAAACUCUUUACCGAAGAGCCGAAAAUGAAUUUCCCGCCGGUACCUAGGAAUCAAGUUGAUCAUGUUAAUGCGACAGUUGGCCAGUUGCUCGUAUUUAAAGUGCCAGAAGAUACAUUCUUUGAUGCCGAGGAUGGAUCGUCACGAAACAUGAAAAUGUCACUUUUAACCAUUGACCGAAGACCUAUUCCACCUUACGAGUGGCUGCAGUUUGACAGCAAGAAUCAAGAAUUUUACGGUGUGCCAAUGAUUACCGACAUUGGCCGUAAGGAAUAUCAGUUGGUUGUCGUUGAUAAAGAAGGUGCAAGUGCCACGGACGGAUUGGUCGUUGUCGUUCAUUCAGCACCUCCCAUGGCACAUACGGUAGAAUUCUCGAUGACGUUAGAUAUUUCCUAUGAUUCUUUCGCGCAUUCUGCACUUCAGAAGCGCAAUUUUGUCGAGAAACUGCGUGAUCUUUACGGGGACAGAGACACGAGCGCUAUCUUGCUGCACAACAUCUCAAACGGCAGUACCGUCAUCACAUGGCACAACAGAACUCUACCUACGUCAUAUUGUGCCCACGACGAAGUCAACAGGCUGCGAUCCGUGCUUGUGAAGAGCGAUAAUGACCGACGCUCCGUAACAGACGAGGUGUUAGACGUGAUGGGUCUGAAAUUCCCGGUGAAGCAGAUCACGGUGAUUCCCAUGGGAAUCUGCCUUGGUGAAUUAACGGGCGUUCACUCGCCAGAUAGCCACGUGCCACCAGUGGACGAUUCGACAUCCGUUGGCGCGUUCCAUGAUGAUUACCUUCUCACGUUUGUCCUGCCAGCGAUUAUUAUCGCUGCUAUGCUCAUUCUAGCGGGAAUAAUCGCAUGCGUGUUACACAAGCGAAGACGUAGUGGGAAGAUGAGCGUCAGUGAACAAGAUGACGAGCGGCAGAGUUUCCGGAACAAAGGAAUUCCCGUGAUUUUCCAGGACGAGCUGGAAGAGAAACCGGAUCCUGGCAAUAAGUCACCCGUAAUUCUGAAGGAAGAAAAGCCACCUCUUCCACCGCCCGAGUAUCAGAAAACCGAGGACGGCGCCGAUGUGCCGAUGUUGCCUAAGGAGAACUCCGAGGAACCGUACCAACCGCCGCCGCCAUUCGCCACGAAUCGUGACACCAAUCGACAAAAUCGUCCCAAACCUACUCCGACGUACAGGAAACCACCCCCCUACGUGCCUCCCUAACAAAAUACGGUACACUCGCCUACGCGAAAAUAUAUGCUAGCAAUGCUCGGAGACUCACCGAUACACAAGCAAAACCAAAUUAAUUAUAAAAAGCAAUCUCGAAUUGGCGACGACGACGAUCGUGGGAUUCUGAACGUUUAUAGCGACGUUUAAACAAAAGCCCUUCUCCAUUCACCCGGUAUGAGACAAUAUACUGCUUUGCAUAGCGUGAAUGGAAGACUCUUCCGCGAGAACAUUCUCCGAAUUUGCGCGCGUUUUUACUUAUUUUAUAUAUGUAUCAACAACGGCACAUCUCACCAUCGAUUUAACGAAAAAAAGAAAAAAUAUUCCUUAGUCGAUAUUCGAUCGACAUACACUCUCUCAAUCAUCUAUAUUUCACGCGAAAGAAAAAGGAAAGAUUUUCUAGGGAGUAUGGGAAUACAAAUCACGUGUUGCCUUUCGUAAAGAAUUCAAUUGUAGGGAAGGAUCCACUGCUCCGAACUUGAUACGCGAAUUUAGUUUAGAUCGUUGUAGAACCGAGACAACGGUAGGGAAUAAAUGUACUUUAUUCGACUGUGUAGAUUCGAGACAGCAACGAUACUCAUAAAUAUUUCAAUAAUCAGUGCCAUUUAUUAAGCAAUAAGGGUAUCCGAUUGUGAAUAACAGUCGUACGUAUAAUUAAUACGGUUCUACGGAUUUAUCGCAAUUACUGUAUACAGAGUCUCCAGGUAUCAAGAACGACGGAUUUAACGAAAUAAUUAUAUUACCUACAACGUAUAACACUGCCAGAAUGACAAAUGCCUGGUGUGUCGCCAAGCGAGAAAGU